ACAGUUCACGAUACAAGCUGUAAUUUUAUUGACUACAACUUGCCCACCUGUACUUUGUUUGAUUUGUUUUACGCAAAAUAAGAAUUGUUGGAGGUCAAUAUUGGGUUUGGUCGUUAGUUUCCUGGCACGAAAGUUCCUUUAAUCGUGACACAUUUUACACUGAACUGAAAUUCUUGAACGGUACUGUACACAUGUAUUCAACGCUACCUUAUUUGUUAUCAACAGCUUAUAAAGCCUCUAAUUUAAAAAUGGAAAUACAUCAAAUACGGACUCAAUUAUAUUUUUCAGUGAGUUAUUGGAUUCUGAACCUCUCUAAGAGGUAACACAGACGAUUAAGAUGGCUACUCCGGUGAAUCCGUUGUUCCUGAAAAGGAUGUCAAUGCGAGAGAGAAAGAAAACACAGAGGAGAUUAAAACUGUCCAAAAUAGAACCCCAUGAUGUGGAGGAAGGACAAAACUCCAAACCAACACAUCGUCGUAAACAUCACAAACAACAACAUGUUCACAAUGAGCAUGUUGAUAAACACACGAAAAACAUUGACUCUCAGAAAAGAAACAACCCUAAUGCUAUCGGGACGAGUUUCCUAUCUAAUGAACAAUUAGUGACAGAGGAUGAUGGCACGGAUGGCCGUUCCUCUAGAGGUAAAGAUUCAUCUAGCUGUUGCGGGCGGUUUGUGAGGGGAUUAUACUGGGCUAUAUCCUCGUCAUUGGGCUUAAUGAUACUCUUACUAUGUUAUUCGUUCAUUGGUGCAGCCAUCUUUCAAGCCAUCGAAUCCCCACACGAGCAACAAGAAAAACACGAAAUCAUAAACACCAGAGAGGAUAUCAUACAACAAAUAUGGAAUGUCACUCAAGAAAACAACAUGACAAGAGAUCAAUGGAGAUUGUUUACCUUGGAAAGAUUGGAGGAAUACGAGGAACAGGUCAGCGACGCAAUACUACACGGUGUAACAUCAAACACAUCGGUUCGAGUAUGGGACUUUUGGGGGGCUUUGUUUUUCUGUGCGACGAUCUACACUACAGUAGGAUAUGGACAUAUAUCACCAGCAACAAAUGGAGGUCGAAUAGCAACAAUGCUUUACUCUGUGGCUGGUAUACCACUCUGUCUAAUGGUGCUCACCAACCUCGGCAAAAAUUUAACGAGCGUCCUAAAAUGGUCGUGGAGGACAUCAAGGCGGUAUUACUACACGCGUAAAUGUCGGAGACCUGAGGAAAAAGACGAUGGUUUAGUAAAGUAUGAGGAAGUGAAUUUACCACUAUGGCUCGCUAUGGUUAUUGCCAUUACGUUCUCGAUCAUGUAUAUUCUCAUUGGUGCAAUCGUUUACGUCCAAUGGGAGACAACGUGGGGCUACUUGGAGGCGUUUUACUUUAUUUUCAUAUCAAUAAGUACAAUAGGAUUUGGGGAUGUCCUCCCCGAGCAUCCCAAAUUUUUCUUGCUUUCCUUUCUGUAUAUCUUCAUCGGACUUGCAUUGGUCGCUAUGAUGAUCAACAUUGUCAUGGAGACAUUUUCAACAACAAUUGAUAUUGCUAAAGUAAAAAUCGAAGAAGCAAGUAAAAAGGUGAUAGGAAUUGAUUUAAACAGUUCUUCAUCCGAGUACUCUGACUCUGAUAGUGACUGUCUCGAUUCUCCUGGCAAAAAUAAAGACACCAAAGAAAAUAACAAGUCUAUGGAUGACCAAAUAAAUGAAAUAAUGAAAGUUCAUUGUGAUAAAGACACGGACGAUAACACUAAUGUUGAAAGUGUUGGUCCAACAAAGGAUGUAAUCUUGACGAGAGAAAAUUCAAAAGUUGCUUCGAGUGAAGAAUUGAGCAAAGAUGAUGAUGUUGGAAAGGAGUGAAACGAGUUGGUGUAAAUCUAAUUUAUUGUAUUUAUUUUUUAUAUUUUGUAAGUCCAAAGUGGGCUGAGUUUGACAUUAAUGUUUAUUUUGUAUGAUUCUAAGUAUAACUUAUACCGCUAGCACUAAUGUAUAAACAAUAAAUAAAAACAAACAUAUAAAAUCAUUAGA